GUGGAGGUGGACUACAGCAGCCUGCGCGACCUGCUCAAGGAGGGGAAGUGGCGCGAGGCGGAGGACGAGACGCGGGAGCUCUUGAUACAGGCGGCAGGCCCCGCAGCAGUGCGCCGCGGCUGGGUCUACUUUAGCGAGGUCAAGUUCAUCCCAGCCGAUGACCUGCGCACGCUGGACGAGCUGUGGCGCGCGGCCAGCGGCGGCAAGUUUGGGUACAGCGCGCAGCGCGAGGUGUGGGUGCAGAAGGCGCGGCAGUGGCCCAAGUUCUUCAAGGCCAUUGACUGGGUGCAGGGGGAGAACAACGUGAAGUGGCCCAGCGAGUUCAACUAUAGCGCCGAUGCGGUCAAGGGGCACCUGCCGCUGACCAACGCGCUGCGCGGCACGCGCCUGUUUGAGGCCAUCAUGGAGCACGAGGCCUUUGCCAAGCCCGCGCCCGGCAGCGGCGGCAGCAGCAACGGCGCGGCGCAGCCCGGCUGGCUCAGCAAGUGA